CAACCCGGCCCAGAGGCCCAACCCAUUAAAAUUUGGCGGUCGGCGCGUCUCCAACUUCCCUACGACUCCGCCGCUCUCUCUGAAUUCCAAUGACGAACGCCAUGGGUUCUCCGCCAGUCUUCGACUCCGAAACCCUAAACACCGAACCGGCCGGAACGUCGUCGUCUUCGACCACAAUGAAGCCCCCAAUGGGUCCCCCGCUUCCCAAAAACCCUAGCCCUCCGCCACCACCACAGUCCGAAGCCCCAAUCCCCGAAGACCAGCUCCAAUCCAGUCCCGCCGUUAACGAUUCAACCGAAGCAGCCGAAGAAAAUGCCAAGCAGUCCUCAAACUCGAAGCCGCAAUCUCACGGCGUCCCGAUUCCGUACACGAUUCCGCCGUGGAGUGCAGCUCCGUGCCACCAGUUCCAGCUCGAGGUUCUCAAGGACGGUGCUAUCAUCAGCCAAUUCGAUGUAUACGAGAAAGGAGCAUACAUGUUUGGCCGAAUCGACCUCUGCGACUUUGUGCUGGAGCAUCCGACUGUUUCUCGCUUCCAUGCCGUUCUUCAGUUCAAGAGAAGUGGGGAGGCGUAUAUUUACGAUCUUGGGAGUACUCACGGCACUUUCGUUAACAAGAAUCAGGUGAACAAAAAUGUUUACGUUGAUUUACAUGUUGGUGAUGUCAUCCGUUUUGGGCUUUCAACUCGUCUGUACAUUUUCCAAGGACCAUCCGAGCUGAUGCCACCGGAAAAAGACUUGAAGCUUUUAAAAAUAGCCAAAAUGCGUGAAGACAUCCUAGAUCAGGAAGCAUCACUUCAACGGGCAAGACAUGAAGCUUCUCUUGCUGAUGGCAUCUCAUGGGGCAUGGAUGAGGAUGCUAUUGAGGAAGCUGAGGAUGACGGUGAGGAAGUUACUUGGCAAACAUACAAAGGACAGCUAACAGAAAAACAAGAAAAAACCCGCGAAAAAGUACUUAAAAGAUUGGAAAAGAUUGCUCAUAUGAAGAAAGAGAUAGAUGCUAUUCGUGCUAAAGACAUCCCUCAAGGUGGGUUGACUCAAGGACAACAAACUCAGAUUGCUCGAAAUGAACAGAGAAUGGAACAGAUUAUGGAAGAACUUGAAAAUCUGGAAGAGACGUUGAAUGAGAGUAUUCGAGAAAGUUUAGGUGCGCGUGUUGGGAAACCAUCUCAUGGUAAGAAGAAAGGAGCAGUUGAAGAAGAAGAAGAACUUUUGAGUGAUGAUGAUGAAUUCUAUGACCGAACAAAGAAGCCUUCAAGUAAAAAGGCAGGUGAAAACCAAAGUGUUGAAACCGCUGACUCUCUUCUCGACAAGAGAGAUGUGAUCGUGAAAGAAAUGGAAGAGAAGAAAGAAUUGCUUUUAGUUGAGAAAGCCAAAAUGGAAUCAGAAACUGUAGAAAAAACUGAUGCUGCAGAUGCACUGGAUGCAUACAUGUCGGGGCUUUCAACUAAGCUAGUGCUUGAUAAAACCGAGGAACUUCAAAAGGAACUAUCAGCUCUCCAGUCCGAGUUGGACAGGGUAAUGUUCCUUUUGAGGAUUGCUGACCCAACUGGUGAAGCUGCCAAGAAAAGGGAUUCAAAAGUGCAAGAGGUGCAAGAGGUGCAAGAGGUGCAAGAGGUGCAAGAGUCUAAACCUAUCAAAUCUGAAACUCCUGCCGCUGCCCUAAAAAAGCAACCUCCAAUCAAACCAAAGGAAAGUAGCAAACCCAAACAACCAGCAAAUGACUCUAUACUGAAAGAGGGAACUACAGAUGUUACCACGAAUCCAGCUGCUGCCGAGAUUGUAACUGAUGCAACAGAAGGAGAAAAAGUUGUGUAUACUGUUGCAAAGCCACAGUGGCUUGGGGCUGUUGAGGACAGUAAAACUGAGGAGAAUCGUCAAGAGGCAGCACCUGCAGCGCCUUCAGAUGAGCACGAGGCUGAUGGAUUUAUCGACUAUAAAGACAGGAAAAAGGUUUUGGAGACGGAAUCUGGGAUUGAAAAUGCUGCCCCCGGUUUGAUUAUACGGAAGCGGAAACAAGUUAAAGAAUCUGAAGGUAAUGACAAUGAUUCUCGUUUGGCAUCCUCAACUGGACCUGAGUUCAUGGCAGAGGAUGCUGUGGCACUGUUGUUAAAACAUAAAAGAGGCUAUUAUGCACCAGAUAAUGAGAGCCAAGACGUUUCAGAAGGGAAAAAGUCGAGCAAGGAUAAGAAGCCUAAAAGAGUUCUUGGUCCCGAGAAACCUUCAUUUCUCGAUACUAAUACUGAGGAAACGUGGGUGCCUCCUGAAGGACAAUCUGGCGAUGGACGAACAUCCUUGAACAGUCGAUAUGGUUACUAGAUUCGAAUUCCUGUGGUCAAAUUGACAGAUUAUUGUUUGAAUGAUCGUUUCUACACCUAUAAUGUCAUCGAUCGUGCUAGAACAGGGGGACGCAAUGAGGGAGUAGUUUAGUAGCCAUAACAGUUUAGGGACGGAUGUCGAACCUUUGUAAAGAGAGAUGAAAGGCACAGCCAGAUAUAUCUGAAUUACUGUUGCUUUA